AUGAAGAAGUUCUCUCGAAUGCCCAAGUCGGAGGGCGGCGGCGGCGGCGGAGCGGCGGGUGGCGGUGCCGGCGGGGCCGGCGCCGGUAGCUCGUCCGUGGGGGUCCGGGUGUUCGCGGUCGGCCGCUACCAGGUCACCCUGGAGGAGUCGCUGGCCGAAGGUGGCUUCUCCACUGUUUUCCUGGUGCGGACGCAUGGUGGACACCGUUAUGCAUUGAAGCGAAUGUAUGUCAAUAACACGACAGACCUCAACAUUUGUAAAAGGGAAAUUACAAUUAUGAAAGAGCUAUCUGGUCACAAAAAUAUCGUGGGUUAUUUGGACUGUGCUGUAAAUUCGAUUAGUGAUAAUGUAUGGGAAGUGCUUAUCUUAAUGGAAUAUUGUCGAGCUGGGCAGGUAGUGAAUCAGAUGAAUAAGAAGCUGCAGACUGGCUUUACGGAAGCAGAAGUGUUACAGAUAUUCUGUGAUACCUGUGAAGCCGUUGCAAGGUUGCAUCAGUGUAAGACUCCGAUAAUUCACCGGGAUCUCAAGGUAGAAAAUAUUUUGUUGAAUGAUGGUGGAAACUAUGUUCUUUGUGACUUUGGCAGUGCCACAAAUAAAUUUCUUAAUCCUCAAAAAGAUGGAGUUAAUACAGUAGAAGAAGAAAUUAAAAAGUAUACAACUCUGUCAUACAGAGCCCCUGAAAUGAUCAACCUUUAUGGAGGGAAGCCUAUCACCACCAAGGCUGAUAUCUGGGCCCUGGGAUGUUUACUGUAUAAACUUUGUUUCUUCACUCUUCCUUUUGGUGAGAGCCAGGUUGCCAUCUGUGACGGCAGCUUCACCAUCCCAGACAACUCUCGUUACUCCCAUAACAUACAUUGUUUAAUAAGGUUCAUGCUUGAACCAGAUCCAGAGCGGAGACCCGAUAUAUUUCAAGUGUCAUAUUUUGCGUUUAAAUUUGCCAAAAAGGAUUGUCCAGUCUCCAACAUCAAUAAUUCUCCUAUUCCUUCAACUCUUCCUGAACCGAUGACUGCUAGUGAAGCAGCUUCUAGGAAAAGCCAAAUAAAAGCCAGAAUAACAGACACCAUUGGACCAACAGAAACCUCAAUUGCACCAAGGCAAAGACCAAAGGCCAAUUCUACUACUGCCACUCCCAGUGUACUGACCAUUCAGAGUUCAGCAACACCUGUUAAAGUCCCUGUUCCUGGUGAAUUCGGUAAUCACAGACCAAAAGGAGCACUGAAGCCUGGAAGUGGCCCCGAGGGUUUGCCGGGUCAGGGGCCCGCUCAGCAGCCUCCGCAGCAGCACCGAGUGCUCCAGCAGCUCCAGCAGGGGGACUGGAGGCUGCAGCAGCUGCAGCUGCAGCGUCGCCAUCCUCAGCAGCAGCAGCUCCAGGAGGCUUACCUGCAGCAGUAUCAGCAUGCAGUGCAGCAGCAGCAGAUGCUUCAGCAGCAGUUGUUAAUGCAUUCAGUGUAUCAGCCACAGCCUUCUGUAUCACAGUAUCCUGCAAUGAUGCAGCAGUAUCAGCAGGCUUUCUUGCAGCAGCAGAUGCUCACUCAGCAUCAGCAGUCUCAACCACAGGCGUCACCAGAGUAUCUCACCUCCCCUCAAGAGUUCUCCCCAGCCUUAGUGCCCUACUCAUCAUCACUUCCAGCUCAGGUUGGACCCAUGAUGGACUCCUCUUAUAGUGCCAGUAGGUCAAUAGCUGGUAAAGAGGCAGUUGCAAAUAUGACACAUCAGAAGAACAUCAGUAACCCACCUGAUAUGUCAGGGUGGAAUCCUUUUGGAGAGGACAAUUUCUCCAAGUUAACAGAAGAGGAACUGUUGGACAGAGAAUUUGACCUUCUCAGAUCAAACAGGCUCGAGGAAAGAGCAUCCUCAGAUAAGAAUGUAGAGCCACUUUCUGCUCCAUAUAACCAUCCUCCAGAGGAUCCUUUUGGUUCUGUUCCUUUCAUUUCUCACUCAGGUUCUCCUGAAAAGAAAAUUGAACAUCCCUCCAUGAAUCAAGAAAACGGCACUGCAAACCCUAUCAAGAAUACAAAAGGAAGUCCAGUUUCUAAAGACCACCGAACUGGAAAGAAAACCUCAGAGAAUUCAUUAGUACGUGCUCAAGUGCAAAAGGGGAACGACGAAUCUGAGAGUGAUUUUGAGUCCGAUCCCCCUUCUCCGAAGAGCAGCGAGGAGGAGGAGCAAGAGGAUGAGGAAGUUCUCCAGGGAGAACAAGGAGAUUUUAAUGACGACGACACCGAACCGGAACACCUGGGGCACAGGCCGCUGCUCAUGGAUUCUGAAGACGAGGAAGAGGAGGAGAAGCACAGCUCAGAUUCGGACUACGAGCAGGCCAAAGCAAAGUACAGCGACGCGAGCCCGGGCUACAGGGACGCAGCCGGCGCGGGAGCGGUCCAGGGCCCUGGCGCAGCACUCCUCACGCCCUCCCGCGCGCCCUCGGACGCGGGAGCGGGGACUCCCAGACCCGAGUUUGAUGUCUUUGGCGCAGUCCCCUUCUUCGCAGCGCGGGCUCAGCAGCCCCGACAGGGGGAGCAGAAGGACCUCCCUCCGCAGAGCCGGCUUCCCACCGCGGGGCUGGAGCAGGAGGAAUUCGAUGUCUUCACCAAGGCGCCCUUCAGCAAGAAGGUGAUGGCGCGCGAUGCGCACGCCGCCCCGGCUGGCCCCCCCAGCGUGGAUGUCUUUGGCUCCACGCCGUUCCAGCCCUUCCCUCCGUCCGCCAGUAAAAGCGACAGCGGCGAGGACCUUUUCGGGCUGGUGCCCUUCGAGGAGAUAACUGGGAGUCCGCAGCAGAAAGUCAAGCAGCGCAGCCUGCAGAAACUGUCCUCCCGGCAGAGGCGCACCAAGCAGGACGCGGCCAAGAGCAACGGGAAACGGCAUCACGGCACCCCGACCGGCGCCAAGAAGCCGGCCAAGCCCGCCUUCCGCACCCCCGAGCGGGCCCGCCGGCACAGGAGGGUGGGCCGCCGGGACUCGCAGAGCAGCAACGAGUUCCUGACCAUCUCGGACUCCAAGGAGAACAUCAGCGUGGCCCUGACCGACGGGAAGGACCGCGGGCACGUCCUGCAAGCCGACGAGGGUCUGCUGGACCCCUUCGGGGCCAAGCCCUUCCACCCUCCGGACCUGCCGUGGCACUCCCCGCACCAGGGCCUGAGCGCUGACCACAACCCGGUCCUGCCCGGGAGGCCCCGGCCGAAUUCACUGCACGGCUCCUUCCACGGGGCAGAGGCGUUGAAAAUGGAUGAUUUUGGUGCCGUGCCCUUCACAGAACUCGUGGUGCAGAGCAUCACUUCCCAUCAGCCCCAACAGCCCCAGCCCGUCGAAUUAGACCCCUUCGGUGCUGCUCCGUUUCCUUCUAAACAGUAG